CAGUCCCGGUUGGACCGGGUCCCGUGCGGAGCGCAGUCAGUGCCGACCGUCCUACCGGCCACACGUCGCACGGAAGGAACAGAGCUCCGUCUCUCGUCUCAUUUCGUCCCUCCUUCCUCUUUCAUUCAUCCUUCUAUAGCCGGACUUCAUCCAAGGAGACUUUAUUGCGCGGCCUUGCAGACGUGGAGAUGUCAGGAGGCGUUCGGAAGGUGGGACACGUGUCUCUGAUUUAGAGACAUGUCUCUGUUCGGGGCAGACAGCUGCUCACACUUGUUUUCGUAGAGAACCUUGUAGCCACUGGAGAACCCGAGCUUUGUUGGCAGAGAUGUGGCGCACGUCGUUGCUGCUGCUGGUGUUGUGCAGCUCUCUGCAGGCCGACCCGGAGGCUCCCCACGCGGCCAGAGAGGCGGACCAUCUGCGGCAGCGCUCCCCGGGGACGGACGCUCCUGUUGCGGGACCGGAGCAGAGCGCUCAGCAGCCCACCGCCAGGCCCCUGGAAGAGGAGCUGGAUAACCAGGAGAACAUCAUCAGCCAGCUGCUGGGCGAUUACGACAAAGUGAAGACCGUGUCGUCCGGGUCGGACUGCGUGUGCCGCUGUAUCGUGCGACCCAUCCCACGCUCCCACUGCAGCGGCCUGCCGUCGCCCUCCGGGGAUUCGUACUCCGUGGAGACGGUCACCAAGGGAACGGACUGCAAGAAGUGCGUGUGCAUGGCUCCGCCUUCCGCCGUCAACCCAUGUGAGGGAGAGUACAGAUUUAAGAAGCUGCAGGAGGCCGGCAAAGAGGACAUCAAGCUGGCGACCAUCAUUGAAUUGUUGGAGGGCUCUCUUUACGGAAUGGACUUGUUGAAGCUCCACUCGGUCACCACCAAGCUGCUGAGCAGGGUGGACAACGUGGAGAAGGCUUUUGCCCGUAAUUUUACUGAGAGAACGAGAGAAAAGGAACGUGUGAAGGAAAGAGCCAAAGAAAAGGAGAAAGAGAGGAAGGCCCAGCAGAAAAAAAAGAAAGUGAAUGAUUUGGAGCGUGCAGGACAGAAAAGUGGAGCAGCUCCCUACGGCAACAAGCAGAAGAAUAACGAUGGUCAGAAGAACAGACUGGAUGGACUGGAACAACAACAGCCGACCAGGAAUACAUCAGGAUCUCAAAAGCCAGUCAAAGAAAAGACUGAGCCAAAGAAGCCCAUCACAGACAAGAACGCCAAGGUCAUCAGGGGCGUGACCUUCUACAAGGCGGAGGGAGAGAGCUACAACGAGGACGACGAGAAAGGGAAAGGAAGAAAUUCAACCCUUACUGUAAAUGCUUCGGUGGACUUACCCCCACCUACCAAGACUUACCCCACCCAGAGUCCAGGACCUUCAACCAUUGUUACACAGCUAGACCUUGAGGACCGAUCAAGGAGAACGAGCAGGCCUGCACCCAACCAGCAACCAACCGCUGCCCCAACUUCAACUACUAUUCAGACUACGCCUCGCUUCCAUCACCCCACCACCUCGCUCUCGGACACCAACACAGGCCGUCCCAUCGAUAAGUCCCCCACAGUAAACUCUCAGGCAGGGUCCAAGAGUCGACUGAGCUGGACGGAGAGCCCUGCUGACCAACCAAAGACCACGAAAAAGCCUGCAGUGUGUAAGGACACAGUAGCCAGCAUCUCUGAACCGGCUCAGCAGAACUCCUAUGGCUUGAGCGACGGAGCCUGGAUGAGAGAUGGGCGCGGCCACGGCAAUGUCAUCUACCUUACUAAUGGUCACUAUGGCAACAACCUCCUGGAGUUCCGAGACAUGGAGACCUUCAAAUCAGGUCAGACAAGCAAUUCAUACAAGCUGCCCUAUAGUUUCACUGGAACCGGCCACGUCGUGUUUAGUGGAGCUUUCUACUACAACCGGGCCUUCAGCAGGGACAUCAUCAGAUAUGACCUGAGACGCAGAUAUGUAGCUGCCUGGACCACGCUGCAUGAUGCCAUCCUCGAGGAGCAAGCUCACAGGACACAAACUGAAUUGGAGUUUGCUGUGGAUGAGUCUGGCCUGUGGCUGCUGUAUCCCGCCGUGGACACGGAGGGCUUCCACCAGGAAGUAACGCUGCUCCUCCACCUCCGCCACCGAGACCUGCAGCCAAUACAGAGCUUCCGCACAGGCCUUCGGCGGGGUCGCUACGGCAACAGCUUCCUGAUUUGCGGCGUGCUCUACGCAGUGAACAGCAUGGAGCACAACUACGCCAACGUGACAUACGCCUUCGACACGCACACGCUCACACACAGCGUGCCGGGCCUGGCGUUCACAAACACGCACGCACACACGUCCCAGCUGGCUUACUGCCCGCUCGACAAGAAGCUGUACGCAUGGGACGAUGGACAUCAGAUGAUUUACGAUGUCGUAUUCGCAUAUUAGCACAGCAAAUGGACACAUAGUUGGAAGAUUCGACAGCAAUUGAGUGUUUCAGACAAAACAAAGCUGAGGACGUAUUAAAAAUGACUGUGGACCAGUCUGACUAAAUUUAUUUUCAUAUUGACUUGUAGCUUUUUCAAACACACCAAAGUGAGAAUGAAGCAGCCAGAAACCAAGCAGAGACACAUAUUAAAUAUUUUAUAUAUCUAUGAAAUAUAUAUUAAAAGAGAAAGUAUCUUAUGCAAACUACAUGUGUGUUGUACACAGUAAGAGUUUAACAAUCCGUCGAAGCUAAAAAACGAGGCAGCAAAAGGCGCAUUCGACGAUGAAUCCGCUGAUAGUCGAGACAUUUCGCUCAGACAAACCUUCCAAGCACAAAAACCAUCGACGCGUAGGAAUCAUACACGCUGACUGCCUUCAGUGUUUUCAACAAGAUUAUCAACUUAAGCCACUCAGAGCCAAUUUAAACCUUCACGCAGGUUUUUUGUGGGGGGGUGGAGGGGGUUGGGCUUCUGAGUGGCUACGGGGGCUGUCGCUCUUUCCCCAUUCUAGUCAGAUCCAAUCGGAUCAGACGAUUCGGGAAAAAAGGUUGAACCAUCCGGAUUGCCAAACCAGAGCCGAUUUUAGGAUGAAGUCUGGAUUUUCUCUCCUGCUGUAAAACCUGCUUUGCCUGAAUUAACACAUCAGAACUCUGACAAGAAAGAAAAGUUUGUUUCGGAGCAGGCUAGCUGAGGUAAGAACAGGUUGACACGAUCGCUCUUUCAAUUCCACGCUCCUCGUGUCAGAUUUUGAUACUUUUUUUUUAAUUGGCUUUCCGCUUGUUACAACAUGCAGUGUCUUCCAUGUAUAUAAUAAGCUUCCAUGUUCACAGGAAACAGGGUUUGCUUUCGAUAAUGCUGAGGGACGUAUAUUGUCUUUUCAAAAUAAACGUCCAACCUACUCAGGUUUAAUGUUUACCUGCUACAAAAGAGCUUGGUUAGGUGUAGGAACAGGUGGGGGUUGGGUUCAACUACGUACGUUGGUUACGUAAAGUAAGUACGUUGUUACAGAACUGACAUUAUCAAAGUACACAACAAAACUAAUGUAAAAUAAGUCAACUUUGACAAUGUUUUCUUUAUGUAUCUCUGCUCAGCGUGGUGCAUAUUCACCCUCGUUCCUGUCCAGUAACCUUUUUAUUAUACUGCUUUAGGAACAGGAAUUGGCCUCUACAACAGAAGUCCAUUCAUUUACAACCAUCGUUGAACAUUGCUUUGAAUGGAAUUUUUUAUCGUGAUUAAUUGCAUGAAUUGUUUUUUGUUGAAAGAAAAUCCAAAGACAAGGUUGAUUUCAACGGCUUUAGUCCCAGUUUAGGCCUCUUUGUUUGUUAAUUUAUAAUAAACUAUUUUAAAAUGUC